AUGUCCAGACUCUUGAAUUUGCUGCACAAAAUGAUAACGACGACAGCCACCGCAAGACUUCAGAUGUUUAGUAACCAUGUCAAUGCUAGUGCUUCUUCAUCGCACACUCUUCCUCUGGGUUCUAAGUUUACGUUGGAUUAUAAAGUCUAUUAUCGUGAUCCAGUCACCGGGAAGCCUGGGUCUUGGUUCCACGAUGUCCCAUUGGGCCUUGACAAAGUGGGCCGCACCGUCUCGAUGGUGGUGGAGAUCCCAAGAUGGUCCAAUGCCAAAAUGGAAAUCACCACCAAGCUACCUUUAAACCCAAUCACCCAGGACACAAAGAAAGGCAAAUUGAGAUUUAUUCACAACAUUUACCCCCACCACGGGUAUAUCCACAAUUAUGGUGCCAUCCCACAAACCUGGGAAGAUACUACCGAGGUCCACCCAGACGUUGGAGGAUUGAAGGGAGAUAACGAUCCUGUUGAUAUUUGUGAUUUAGGUAAAUCGGUAGGCAAACUCGGGGAUAUUGUCAAAAUCAAAGUGUUGGGAUCUUUGGCAUUAAUUGAUGAUGGAGAAUUAGACUGGAAAGUUAUUGGGAUCAAUGUCGCUGAUCCAAUGGUCAGCAAAUUGAACGAUAUUCAAGACGUGGAAAAAUACAUGCCUGGGGUUUUAAGCUCGACGAGAAACUGGUUCAGAGACUACAAGAUCCCUGCCGGUAAAGGGGCCAAUGAGUUUGCAUUUGAUGGAGAAUACAGAAAUGUCCAAGAAACCAUAAAGGUCAUUGAAGAAACUCAUGAAUCAUGGAAGAAAUUGAUGCAGCAUAAAGUUUCUGGAAAAGGCUUACCAAAAGUUAUCAAUACCAAAGUCUCUGGGACUCCAGGAUUCAAAAACUCCGUCAAGCAAGAGGAAUUAGGUAUCAAGCCAGAGGAAGACGAUGGCGCAGUUCCAAGAGAGGUCAGUGAAAUUUACUAUUUAAGCUGA